UACAAACAAAGAUGGCAGCCCCCAUGGCUGCUUCAGUUAAUCGAUCAGUGUCUUUUGUGUUUAUCAUCUUUAUUGUGUUACAUUUGUUAAAUACACAUCGAACCGAAGCAGUUUCGGAGGAAAAUGUGGAGGAGUUUUUCACAAGUGGUCACACCAAUAACUGGGCUGUCCUGGUUGACACUUCAAGGUUUUGGUUUAAUUACAGGCAUGUGGCCAAUGUGCUAUCCAUCUAUCGCAGUGUCAAACGUUUGGGCAUUCCUGACAGUCAAAUAAUUUUGAUGAUUGCUGAUGACAUGGCUUGUAAUCCAAGAAACCCAAGACCAGCAACUGUGUUCAACAAUGCUAACCAGAAUAUUAAUGUUUAUGGUGAUGAUGUGGAGGUUGAUUAUAGGGGAUAUGAGGUUACUGUUGAAAAUUUUAUUCGGGUACUCACUGGGCGACUACCUCCUAGCACACCACGAUCAAAGAGGUUGCUGUCAGAUGAACGCAGCAACAUUUUAGUCUACAUGACAGGCCAUGGUGGUGAUGGGUUCUUGAAGUUUCAAGAUUCUGAAGAAGUUUCUAAUGUAGAGCUAGCUGAUGCUUUUGAACAAAUGUGGCAAAAACAAAGGUACCAUGAGCUGUUUUUUAUGAUUGACACUUGUCAAGCCGAGUCAAUGUUCCAAAAGUUUUACUCCCCCAACUUGUUGGCAGUUGCAAGCAGCAGAGUUGGAGAAGAUUCACUCUCACACCAUGUAGACCCAGCCCUUGGUGUCUAUGUGAUAGAUCGCUACACUUACUAUGCUUUAGAAUUCCUUGAGACUGUCAAACCAGGAUCAAAGAAAACCAUGGCCCAAUUUUUUAGAGUCUGCCCAAAAAGUGUGUGUAUAAGUACAGUUAGUACUAGAGUUGAUUUGUUCAAGAGAAAUGUUGCUGACACCCUGCUGACUGACUUCUUUGGAAGUGUGAGAAAUGUAGAGCUUCUUCAAGAGAGCAUUUCAUUAAUAAAGAAAAAUACAACAAAAGUAGAGGACACAAAACAAACCUGCAACAAAGAUACAUGCCCUGAGAAAGUGAGCAAGUUUUCCUAUGUAGACCAGUUUCCUAAACUUCUUAUUUAACUAUUAUGUUGUGUAAGUUUUUGCUAAGUAAAAAAGAGAGAAAAUGUGCUGUGUAUGUAUAUUGUUAUGACUGUUUAUCAUGUUACAUCUUGAUAUAGUUAUUGUGAGGUUGGCAUUUAUUUUUUGCAUUUUACUUAGUAGACAAAUGGGCCAUGCUAUUUACCUUGUUUCUGAAUAUGGUAUAAAUGAAUGAUUUCAUGGUAUCAUUGAAGAGAAUAUGUAUCAUCUGUGUAUGCUUUGAGUACUUUGAAUAUAUGCUUUUUUUUUAAUUUUCCAGUGCCAGGUGUUUUAUAUGUACAUUAUGUUGAAAAUUUGGUUUUAUAUUUAGUGAAUUAAAGUUACAUACUUUGCAAAUAAAUUAUUGAAUUUAAAUUUCUACAUA